UGUGUGCAGGGGUAUAGCAGGGAGGAGACGCGUGGAUCGCUGUUGCAGUUGCUAUUGGGUUGGGUGGAGAGCAGAGAGGAGAGAUUGUGGAGUACCUCACCUGUGGUCGAUGUUUUUCUUCUGCUUCUGCACUAGACUAGCGGAGUAGAUUGGGUACUCCCUCCACCGGUACGGGUAAUAUUAGAAGAAAAACUAAACAUUGUGGCUAAACAUUUAGCUCGUUUUUAAGGACUGUAUUAUAUUAUCAAACCAGGAGGCACUGAUCCCUGCAAAUGAUUGACAGGACAGCGCUGAUCUGCCCCGCAGACGGAAGGAUUAAAGGUGUAUAAUACCUGCCGUGCGUCCUGCCUGUCUGUCCUUCUGUCUUUAUCUCGGAAAAUGGUUACAGUUCCACACAUAGACGGUAAAAUAAUGUUUCGAAGAUGCCUGGUCACGUUCAAACCUUUUAGGAUCUUUUUGAUGGGGAUCGGAUUCUUCAGCCUGUGCUUCUUAAUGACGUCUCUGGGGGGGCAGUUCUCAGCCAAGCGAUUGGGGGACUCUCCCUUUACCGUCCGAGCAGAAGUACUCGGGGGCCUGGAGUCCCGAGGGGUUCUGCGGAAGAUCAGCGACAUGCUUGAAGUGAUAAUGAAGCGGAUCGACUCCCUCUCGAAGCGGGACAAUGUGAGCGACACCCGCAUACUGGACGAGCUGAGCUCCGCCAUAGACAGGUUCCAGCCGGCCGGUCUGAUCGAGCGAAUCCAGGCGAUUGCGCAGAAUGUGUCUAACAUGGCAGUGAAGGUGGAGCAGAUCCUCCAGAACAGCCUGGCUGCAGGCAGAAUUAGAGAUGGAAUAGCCAAUCGCUGUGAGGCUCCUCAAGAUCCCAAAUACCCCGACUGCAGCAGCAAACUGGAUUGGAUGAGAGCCCGCUGGACCUCGGACCCGUGCUAUGCUUUCUAUGGGGUGGAUGGCAGCGAGUGCUCCUUCCUGAUCUACCUCAGCGAGGUGGAGUGGUUCUGCCCACCCCUGCCCUGGAGAAACCACACCGCCCCAACCACCCCUAAACCCAGGGGCAAGCGGCAGGCUGCUUUCCGCACGGAUAUCGAGGCCCUGCUGGAGCAGGUGGGCACUGGGAAGGAGUCUCUGAUCUUCAUAAAGAGGCGGAUCAGGAGGCUGGCAGGGCAGUGGGGUCAGGCUGCAAACAGACUGGGGGAGAAACUGAAGAGGAGCUGGAGGGAGAGGAAGAAGAUUUUGGUUCACGUUGGGUUCCUGACCGAGGAGUCGGGGGAUGUGUUCAGCCCCAAGGUGCUGAAGGGGGGGCCGUUGGGGGAGAUGGUACAGUGGGCAGACAUCCUGACUGCUCUCUACACCCUGGGGCACAGCCUGAAAAUCUCCAUCUCUGCCAAGGAGCUGCAGGGCUUUCUGGGUGUGCCACCAGGACGAGGAAGCUGCCCCCUGACUGGACCGUUGCCCUUUGAUCUCAUCUAUACUGAUUACCAUGGGCUGCAGCAAAUGAAACAGCACAUGGGCCUGUCCUUGAAGAAGCAUAAGUGCCACAUACGAGUCAUUGACACGUUUGGAACAGAGCCCGCAUACAACCACGAGGAAUACGCCAUGCUCCAUGGAUACCGCACCAACUGGGGUUACUGGAACCUCCACUGCAAGCAGUACAUGACCAUGUUCCCUCACACUCCAGAUAACUCCUUCAUGGGGUUUGUGUCGGAGGAGCUGAACAGGACACAGAAGGAAUACAUUCAGAGGAAUAAAGUGAACAACGUGGCUGUAGUGUAUGGGAAGGAGGCCAGCAUGUGGAAGCUUCAGGGGAAGGAGAGGUUUCUGCAGAUCCUGCAUCGCUUCAUGGAGAUCCAUGGCACGGUGUACUAUGAGACUCAGCGCCCCCCGGAGGUCCCUGCCUUUGUGAAGAACCACGGACUGCUGCCCCAGAAUGAGCUACAGCAGCUCCUCCGCAGAGCCAAGCUCUUUAUCGGGUUUGGGUUUCCCUACGAAGGCCCCGCCCCUUUGGAAGCAAUAGCCAAUGGAUGCAUCUUUCUGCAGCCCAAGUUCCGCCCAUCCCACAACUCCCUAAACCACGAGUUCUUCAGAGGAAAGCCCACAUCGAGAGAGGUCUCAUCCCAGCACCCUUAUGCAGAGCAGUAUAUUGGGAGGCCCCAUGUUCUCACUGUGGACUACAACAACUCAGAGGAGUUUGAGUCUGCCAUCCGAGAGAUCAUGACAACCAAGGUGGAGCCCUACCUGCCCUAUGAGUACACAUGUGAGGGGAUGCUGGAGCGAGUACACGCCUACAUCCAGCACCAGGAUUUCUGCAACCCAGGUGUUUCCAUCAGGAACGAUUCUAAAGUCUGGCCUGGGAACAGCUCCAGUCACUUUGUCCAUUUGCCCAGUGGCCUGACCUGGUCUGGGAGCGUGGCCAGCCCAUCCACCUGGCCCCCUCUAAGUGCCAUGAGGCUGCUGCUGUCAGAGGAAGGGCAGUCCUGCAUUGAGCAGUGCCAGGACCACAGCCUGGUCUGUGAACCCACCUUCUUCCACUUCAUCAACAGCAAGGAGGCUUUCACCCAGCUCCAGAUCCGAUGCAAUGCUCUCGAGUCUGAAAUGAAUCACAUCUACCCAGCGUUCUCCGUUAGCAGGCGGGACUGCUACCUCCAAAAGGAGCCUUUGCUGUUCAGCUGCGCCGGGUUCCACAGCAAAUUCCGGAGACUGUGCCCCUGCAGAGACUUCCGCAAGGGCCAGGUGGCGCUCUGCAGGGACUGCUUAUGAUGGAACCCCUGAGAGCAGGGCAGCCCUGCGACAGGCACUCAUGGAUAGUUCUGAACCCCUGAGAGCAGGACAGCCCUGCAACAUGGGGCUCCUAGACAGCUCUGAACCCCUGAGAGCAGGGCAGCCCUGCAACACAGGGCUCUUGGACAUCUCUAAAUCCCUGAGAGCAGGGCAGCCCUGUGACAGGGGCUCCUGGACAGCUCUGAACCCCUGUUAGCAGGAUAGUCUGUCCACAUGUGCAUAUCUUUGAGACUUUGACACAACUUGACAAGCCAACCUGAAGGAAACAACAAACUCAUGGUGUCAGCUGGUUCCUCCACUGUUUCAAUCCCAACCCUGAGUUCCAGCAAAAAGACUGUUAAACACUGCUCAAGCUGGAUAUGAUCUGGGCAUGCUCAGAGCUGCACUGGUGCACUCUGUCCCUGCCCAUGAGGACUAUCUGACCCCCAGGGACCAGGGCAGCUGCAGGAACCCCUCUUAGAAGCAUUACACAGGAAACAUCACUGUUUCGUUAUCAAAGAAUGAGCUCUUUGUUACUGUAAGGAAAGGGGUUGUGGUAAAAUUUGAACCUUAUAGGCUGAGAGAAGAUAUUUUUGGAAAUCGCACACUGUCUCUGAAUUGAACUGAAGGAGUUGGAAUCUUGGGUUGUACACAACA